AUGUCUGGGGGGGAGGCGCUGGAACCCGAAGGUGCUGGGGCAUGCCAGGGGGAAGUCCCUUCCCUUAAAGAAAUCGAGCAGCUCCUCAACACCGGGAGGCCCUCUUGCAACCACGUUGAUGAAGUGUGGCCUAAUCUCUUCUUGGGAGACCUAGUAACAGCUCAUGACAGAUUUGUUCUGUGGAAGAUGGGUGUGACCCACGUGUUAAAUGCUGCCCAUGGCACCGUGUACAGCCACGGAGGCCAGGACUUCUACGGAGCAACCAUCGAUUAUUACGGUGUCCCAGCCCAUGACCUGCCAAGCUUUGAUAUAAGCCAGUUCUUUUUCUCUGCGGCACAGUUCAUCCACAAAGCCUUGAGCACACCAGGAGCUAAAAUUUUGGUGCAUUGUGCAGUUGGAGUGAGCAGGUCAGCUGCCCUAGUCCUAGCAUAUCUCAUGAUAAAUCACCAUCUCCCGUUGGUUGAAGCCAUCAAAGCAGUGAAAGAACAUCGAUGGAUUUGGCCCAAUCGCGGCUUUCUGAAACACCUGCGAAAUCUGGAUGUCCAGCUGCGGCAAAAGAAGGACUGCUGA